UAUUGUUAUGCCUACUUUAUGAGUGAUAUUUGAUAACAUAAAAUUGACAGCCCGGUUUUUACUACGAUCCCAAUUUUUUGAUAUUUGAAAUCAAUACCUAUCUACGAAACAUUUUUUUUGUUUUUAUGAUAAGGUCGAUAUAAAACAAACUUCGUUAAAAUAUUUGGUACCUAAGUUGUUUUGAGAUAAUCGGAAUGACCUAACCUUAAGAAGAAAAAUGGCAUCUGUAGGACAAUUAUAAAAAAUUAAAUCGUUACUCGUUAUGUUAUUAAACUAAUUGAUCUAAUAAUUUUAAAGUAUAACAAUGCAAUUCUCAAAAUAUGUGCAUAGAAUUAUAAGAGAGAACCUCAGGAACUGUUGGCGUAAGAAUGAUUACAGAUAUAAAUCUUUUAGUACUUGGAGUCCCAUUGUUUUGGGUAUAGAAACUUCGUGUGAUGACACAGGUUGUGCAAUUUUGAAUAGACGAGGGGAUAUUCUUGGAGAAACAUUAUUUUCCCAAACAUUAGUGCAUUUAAGGUAUGGAGGUGUCAAUCCAUUAAUAGCAAGAGACAUGCAUCGUGAAAAUAUUGAAAAAGCAGUAUUUAAGUGUUUAGAAAAUUCUUCUUUAUCCAUGGACAAUAUUGAUGCUAUCGCUGUUACUGUGAAACCUGGUUUAUUAAUUAGUUUAGAAAUUGGUGUCAAGUAUGCCAAGUAUCUUUCAAAAAUUUACAAAAAGCCCUUAAUUCCUAUACAUCAUAUGGAGGCGCAUGCCUUAGCUGCCAGAAUGUUUCAAGAUAUACAACUACCAUUCCUAACAUUGCUAAUUUCGGGUGGUAACUGUCUGUUAGCAUUUGUGAAAGAAAUAGAUAAUUUUCUCUUACUUGGUGACACUAUGGAUAAUUCACCAGGAGAAGUUUUAGACAAAGCUGCUAGGAGAAUGAAACUGAGAAAUUUACCAGAAUAUUCAGGUAUGGCUGGUGGUAAAGCUAUUGAGAUGGCAGCUAAAAAUGCAGUUAAUCCAUUUCAAUUUGAUUUCCCAUUACCACUUAAUAGAAAUAGAGAUUGCAAUUUCAGUUUCAGCGGUCUUCAGGAUGCUUUUUUGAGACAUUUGUUACAUAAAGAAAAAUAUCAUAAUAUCAUGGGUGAUGAAAUUAUUCCGGAGGUAAAUGAACUGUGUGCUGCUUUUCAAUUGGCAAUGGCUGAACAUAUAGCACAUAGAACAGAAAGGGCCAUAAAGUAUUGUGAAAUGACUAAUCUGUUCAGAGGGGAUGUCAAAAAUAUUGUUGUUUCUGGGGGUGUUGCCUGCAAUGAUUUUAUAUUUAAAAGUAUUGAGUGUAUUGGUAAUAAGUAUGGAUGCAAAGUCUUUAGACCUCCACCCAAAUUAUGUACUGACAAUGGAGUUAUGAUAGCAUGGAAUGCCUUGGAGAAGUUAAAACAUAAGUCAGAUAGUGUAAACGAGCCCAUAGAAAUAAAUCCUACCGCACCACUUGGUAAAAACAUAAUUGACAAAGUUAAAGAAUCAGAUAUACAAGUGAGAGUUACGAGAUUAAAAAAGUUUAAUAUUGUAUAAUAAAAUGAUCUAUUAUUAUUUAA